AAUUUAGAAAAGUCAUUUCUAAAAGUUAUUCUCGUUACAAAUAACAAUAUUGCAAACCAUUUUGUGAUUUAAUUAACGUGUUAUAAUUAUCAAUAAUUACUCUUAAGUUUAGUAAUCUUUCAGAGCGGUGACAGUUGUUUAUACGUCCAAACUCUAAUAACUAAUUUAUCGCUAAAUAUGAUGGACUGUGUAGAAGAAACUAACAAUGAUCCCCUCACAGCAGCAAUAUCUUCUCCAUCAUCAGGAGAUUCUAAUAUGGAUAAAAAGAAACCCAGUGAAAAUGUGUCUUUAGCUGAUAACAGUUUGCUGGUGGAUAUAUCAGAUGCACUCAGUGAAAAGGAGAAAGUAAAAUUUACUGUACAUACCAAAACAACUCUGCCCGAGUUCCAAAAGUCAGAAUUCUUAGUUGUUCGCCAGCAUGAGGAAUUUGUAUGGCUCCAUGACAGGUAUGAGGAGAAUGAAGAAUAUGCUGGGUAUAUAAUCCCACCAGCACCACCAAGGCCUGAUUUUGAUGCUUCUCGUGAAAAACUACAGCGUCUUGGAGAAGGGGAAGGUGCUUUAACAAGAGAAGAAUUCCUGAAGAUGAAAGAAGAGUUGGAAGAUGAAUACUUGGCCACAUUCAAGAAAACAGUGGCAAUGCACGAGGUUUUUCUACAGCGUCUGGCGGCGCAUCCAGUGUUCCGUAAGGACGCCCAUCUUCGCGUAUUUCUAGAAUAUGAGCAAGAUUUGUGCGCAAAACCGCGGGGCAAGAUGGACCUUAUCGGAGGGCUUGUUCGAUCAAUGACGACAACAACGGAUGAAAUCUACCUUGGUGCGACAGUCCGUGAUGUCAACGAUUUCUUUGAACAAGAAACUGCUUUUCUACAAGAGUAUUACUCACAUCUCAAAGAGGCUGUGGCCCGAGUAGACCGUAUGACAGCAAAACACAAGGAGGUAGCAGAUGCUCACAUAAAACUGUCAUCCUGUAUCACACAAUUGGCGACUCGAGAGCAGCCUCCCUCCGAGAGAUUCCUGACACGCGCCGCUGACACUUUUGACAAGUGCCGGAAAAUCGAAGGUCGUAUGGCGUCAGACCAGGAUCUAAAGUUGGCUGACACGCUCCGAUACUAUAUGAGAGACACUCAUGCCGCUAAAGCAGUGCUCGUUAGACGUCUGAGAUGUCUCGCAGCCUACGAAGCAGCUAAUAGGAAUCUCGAACGCGCCAGAGCUAAGAAUAAAGAUGUUCACGCCGCGGAGCAAGCUCAAUCCGAAGCCUGCGCCAAGUUUGAGCAGCUCUCGGCACGCGCUAGGGAAGAACUUAUCGACUUUAGGACCAGACGUGUGGGAGCUUUCAAAAAGAGCCUUGUAGAACUAGCUGAACUGGAAAUAAAACAUGCCCGAGCGCAGCAGGAAUUAUUCAGGAAGUCACUGCAAAUGUUAAAGGAGUGUCAAUAAAUAGAUAUAAGGAUUAUGUGCAAUUUUUGUUAAUUAUAUGAAUGUUUCUAUGGGAGAAGUAUGUAUUCGCAUUGUAUGUAGUUAUUUACGUGAAAAUUUUCUAUAAUUUUUGAUAUAAACGCAGGUUUAUCAAUUUAAUUUGAUACACUUUUGCAACAGUGACGGACAAGAUGGAAGAAUAAACUAUAUUGAGAUUGGCAUUAAACCACCCUUGAGUCACGUGAUUGCGUGGUCGCAAAUUCCAAAUAAAUUGUUAUAAAUAACCUGCGUUUUAAACUUAAAAUAUUAUUAAGUUAAGCUGAUAACUGAUGUAUGUCUUGAUCACAAUAUUUAAAUCCAGUGUUAUCGCAUAAUUUGGGAACUACCCGCAAAAAUUGCAACUUUAGAGGGUAGAUGACCAAUAUUGGAAUAAAUAUUGUGAGCAAGUAUUUUUAUACGUAAACUUUGUAAACAUAAUUAUUGGACCCGAUUUUUGAAUUCGCUUAUUGGGACGCGGGAUGCAGGACGGGUCAGAUAAGCUUGUGACACUAUGUCUCUCUUACGUAUUAGUUACAUUCCGCUAUGAAUUUAAGUAUUUCUUUAAUAAAGCACUGAUGUUUCUAUAAUUUCUAUACGCUUUAAGCUUUUUAAAGCUGUUACAUACAGGCCCUAUAUAUCAAAAUUCGUCAAAAAAUAUUUUUUUUAUGCAAAAAAGAUUAAUUUCCUUUCGUUUUUGACUUUACGCCCAUUUUUGUAACAGCAUAAAAAGUAAUAUUGAAA